CGCCGCGCUCGCGGCGGCGGCAGGGCGGGGCGGGUGGACGCUCUGGCCCGGCUUCGGCGGUGGAGGAGCAGGGUGAGGGCCGCUCUGGCCGGCGGACUCGCUGGUGUGGAGUCCCGGAAGCUGCGCUCUCCCAGGCUGGGCACGGGCCGCGGAGAAUGGCGGAGAGUCCGGCAGCGGAGGAGGCGGCCGCGGCGGCGGUGCUGGCGGCCGCCGCCGCCGCGAGCGGCGGGGUCCCGGCGGGGCCCGGGGGCGGCGGAGCGGGCAGCCCCGGCGUGUUCAUCCCGGCCGAGCUGUGGGCGGCGGCCGGGUUCGGGGCGCCCCCCGCGGGGGCCGGAGCCCCCCCCGGCAGCGGCGGGGCCCCCCUGGCCGGGCUGCCCGCGGCCGCCGCCGCCGCCGCCGCCGGGGCCGCGCUGCUCACUCACUCCGCCUUCUGGGACCCCACGGCGAGCGGCGACUGGGACAGCGAGAGGCCGAGCCCGGCCUGCCUGCUGCGGAUCAAACGGGAUAUCAUGUCCAUUUAUAAGGAACCACCCCCUGGAAUGUUUGUUGUGCCUGAUCCCCAUGAUAUGACUAAGAUUCAUGCAUUGAUCACAGGCCCAUUUGACACGCCUUAUGAAGGGGGUUUCUUCUUGUUCCUGUUUCGCUGUCCUCCAGAUUAUCCCAUCCACCCACCAAGGGUCAAACUGAUGACAACAGGGAAUAACACAGUGAGGUUUAACCCCAACUUCUACCGCAAUGGGAAAGUCUGCCUGAGUAUUCUAGGCACUUGGACUGGUCCUGCUUGGAGCCCAGCACAGAGUAUCUCUUCAGUCCUCAUCUCCAUACAGUCUCUGAUGACUGAGAACCCCUAUCACAACGAACCUGGCUUUGAGCAGGAGAGGCACCCUGGGGAUAGUAAGAACUAUAACGAGUGCAUUCGGCAUGAGACUAUCCGAGUAGCCGUGUGCGACAUGCUGGAAGGAAAGUGUCCCUGUCCUGAGCCUUUACGGGGUGUUAUGGAGAAGUCUUUCAUGGAAUACUUUGACUUCUAUGAGGGUGCAUGCAAAGAGAGGCUUCACCUCCAAGGACAGACAAUGCAGGAUCCUUUUGGUGAGAAACGAGGCCACUUUGACUAUCAGUCCCUACUAAUCCGUUUGCAAGGAAUUCGGCUGAAGGUGCAAGAGAAACACCAGCAGGAGAAUGUAGAAAUAGACUCUGACAGCAGCUCCUCGGAGACGGAGACAGACACUCAAGGGAGCUCCAAGGCUUAGAGGUCUCUCUCUACGUGAGAAACCCAAUCGUGGGGAUGGUUCUGUCUUUGAACUCUAGAAUUACCCCUGACAGACUUGAGAACCAAGCCAAUCCCAGAGUGGCUAGAGCUGGAAGAGGUCUUCUGUCUCCUUUAAUGCUCUGGUGGAUACUGAACAAGAGGACUUCAUGGUAGGCAAAGCCAAGCUUGUGACAGGCUACUCUAAAAGGUACUUCCUAUGCUAGAAAGCUGGAGCAUGUGGCAUCAGGUUAUUUUGGAAACACCUACACGGGGUGGUUUUUUUUUUUUCUUUAUUGGAUUAAACCAAUGAGAUGUAGAAUGCAAGUCUGUUUUACAGCUUUUCUGUUCUUUAAUGCCCAGUAUGUGCCCUUCCCUCUGGCCAUACUGAACUCCAAAGGACCAGAGCUGUAGGAGCACUUGGGUGGAGUCCAUGAUACUAAGGGGCCCACUUGCUGCUUGCCCAGGGUUAACUUCUGUCUGGGGAGAGGUGGGGCACAGGUGCUCUGCAUAAGCCCAUCUACCUGCUGAUAUCUCUUCUAGACAGACCAAAGAUAAACAGGGUGGACUCUAGCUUUCAGAAAGAAAGCUAAUCCAGUCCCUGGGUUGCUUUUGCUGACUGGACUUUAGGUGGAAGAGGGAAAAGAGGGGGUGGGAGGGGAGAAAUGGAUGCAAGCUGUAAAAGCUUAUAAAUCAAGAGCAGAUGCUUUUACCCUGGAAACAAUGGAGAGAAAAUCACUGGGUUUCUUAAAAAAAAAAAAAAAAAAAUUGGGGAGGGAGUGUGUUUUUUUUUGUUUUUUUUUGUUAAAUCUUUGGCUCUUCUAAAUGGAAGUGCUGUUUCCUUGACUGCUGUUGUUUUGAUCCAGGACAAAUAAAAUGCUAGGAUAAGGGACAUUUAUAAGCAGGAAGCCAUCUUCAUGGAGCGAAUGUCAAUAGCAGCAGAACAUUCCCUUGCCAAACUUGACCAGUGGUAAAACUAGUUCUUAAAGCUUUAAUAGUUCUAACAGCAGUGUCUCAUUGUGAGCAAUUCAUACCUCUUGGGCAGGUGUCUGCUGGCUGUGCGUGCCAUUACAUCAAGGAUGUAUUUAAAGUAAGGGGCAUAGAGGUGAAACACACCCAGGUCAAGCAGGCAGAUAAAUAGGCCUGAUUGAUUUUACCACCACCGAACUGGGUGGUAAAGUGUUCCCCAGAUGAAGGGCUUAAUCUUGUUUUACAAGAGCACUGAUUAAAAGUUGAGCACAUACUAUGGUGCACCAACCUCCCCCACACUCCCCUCCCCCCCAAAAAAAAAUUCUCAUUGUGGCAUGGAAAGAAGCUCCAGGUCAGGUAACUGUUCUAAAGAGUCUUUUUUUGUAGAUCAAACUGCAGUUUUCAAUGUCCCACGUGUUGGUGAAUUAUUUUCAAUACAGAUUGUUUCUGUAGAAUAUCAACUAUUGUAAAUGCUUAAGUAGCUUUGAGAAGUUGAAAGAUUCCAGAAUUCAAGUUGCCAUUUAACAACUCAAUCUUUUCUUUUGAAAACAAUCACCUUGGGUCUGCCAUUGGUAUGGUUUAGAAUGGAACCCUAUCUUCUCUGAAGGGAAACUGAUGUAGGCCACACCAGAUGGAAGUAAAUAAAGCAGUUUACGUGAUAUAAGGUUUCAUGGAGGCAUAUUGGUAUGAGAAGUCUGAGCUGUGCUACUGUUUAAUCCCCUUGUAAAUUUCACAGUUUUCAUAAAUCAGUAGUAUCUCCACUCUAAAAUGGGUUAGAGCUGGGCCUCUAAUACCUUCAUAAGGCAGAUCUGGUUCAGAAAUAUGUAUGUGGUGCAUGUGGCAUUACCAUCCACACACACACAGCCUUACUGUGGACACCAUUCACCUAAGCAUGUGGCUGUAAAUGUAUUAGUUUUAUAGCACUGUUACCUGUCCUGCUGUUUCUGAAUGUUUCCAUUUCAAAGUGACAAUCCUCAAUAACUGCUCUAGGCAGACAUGUUUUAGUGACAAUUUUAGACCUAAUGAUUUGAAAAUAUAUGCACAAGAGUCACUAUAAAACACCUUGUUUAUAUACAAUUGUACAUAAGAUUUUUUUGUGCAAUAAAGUUUGUUUUGGCAGAA